CUGGCUGAUAAGUUGGAAAUUAUUGCAUAAAAACAAAGAAUUGGAAAAAUUUUCGAUCCACUUUUCUCUUUUCUUCUCCAUCCUCUUUUUCUUUUGGCUGCUUGGAGAGAGAAGGCGAUGAUCACUUUGUCCACCUGCCAUUGUACCAGCAGAAUCUCUGUUCUUACUUGUUCCCACACCCAAUGUGGGAUAGAUCCACAAGUGAAAGGCUUCCCCACAAGGACCGCCAUUCUUUUGACCACCCAGUUGUUCCUUUCUUCCGGCGAAAUGCACCGGACGGACUUGUUUAUUAGUAAGCGACAGCAACGCAGUGGGACGGAGAGAGAAUAAAAUCCGGCGAGGCAAGGACGGACCAGGAAGAGUCGAUCGAUCUGAUGGAGGAAGACAAGCAGUGGGUGCUGGAGAUGACGGCGAAGCUGCACAGCUACGACCCCGUCCAAGAGCCCAUGGCUUGGAAGAAUCGGUCGAUCUACAUGGUGCCCUCCAACCUGAUCGAACCCUCCAAGCGGCACGCUUACUCCCCGCAGAUGGUUUCCUUCGGCCCUUACCACCAUGGCCGGCCGCACCUGAUCCCCAUGGAGGAUCACAAGCAGCGGACCCUCCUCCACGUCCUCCACCGCACAUCCAUCCCCUUACAGGCCAUCAUCGACUCCGUGAAGCAGGUGGAGCCGCAGCUCAGGAACCAGUACGACGACCAGGCGUCGCUGCCGGACUCGGCCGGCGCGUUCCUCAAGAUGAUGGUGGUCGAUGGGUUUUUCAUGCUGGAGAUCCUGCGAACGGCGGAGAAGGUGCCGAGCGACUACACGGCCAACGACCCCAUCUUCAGCUGGCACGGCAUGCUCUACGUGCUGCCUUACGUCAAGCGGGACAUGCUCAUGCUGGAGAACCAGAUACCGCUGCUGGUGCUCGACAGGUUGGUGGCGGCGGAGACGAGGAAGCCCAAGUCGGAGGACGGGUACGUGCACAAACUGGUGGCCGAUUUCUUCUCCUUGAAUAUUGAGGCAACCAAGGCCCCCGGCAGUGGUCUGGGGCUGCACGUACUGGACGUGUACAGGAAGGGUCGGAUCGAGGGGCCGGUCCGGCUCCAUCGGUCGGUCGACGGGAAGAAGCAGAGCGUGGUGGUGAGGAGCGUGACGGAGCUGUACGAGGCGGGAGUCCGGUUCACGAAGAGCAAGACGAACAGCCUCAAGGACAUCGAGUUCAGGCACGGCGUGCUGAGCCUGCCGUGGAUCAUGCUGGACGACACGAGCGAGUCGUCACUGCUGAACCUGCUGGCCUUCGAGCGGCUGCACGUCGGCGCCGGCAUCGAGGUCAGCGCCUACGUCUCCUUCAUGGACGAAAUCAUCGACACCGAUAAGGACGUCGCCCUGCUGCAGAAGAAGGGAAUCAUUCUGAACGCGCUCGGCAGCGACAAGGCCGUGGCCAAGCUGUUCAACGAGCUGAGCAGGGACGUCACCAUCGACCCCAACUCCAAGCUCGGCGAGGUCUACAGGGCGCUCGGCGCCUACUCCCUGCAGAAGACCAACGUCUGGAGGGCCAACCUCAUCCACACCUACUUCAGAAGCCCUUGGGCUUUCCUCUCCCUCCUUGCUGCCAUCGUCCUCCUCGGCCUCACCAUCGCCCAAACCGUCUACUCUGCGCUCAGCUACUACGUUUCCUUGAACCAGAACAAUUCUUCUCCUCCGCCGCCGUCACUUUCUGCACCUCCACCGUCCCGUUUUUAGUUGGUCGUGGCGUUAUUCUUCUUUCACUUGGCUUCUUCCCAUCUUUUGCUUUUCUUUUCUUUUUGCUUUGCUUUUUUCUUUUUUCUUUUUCCUUUUCUUGUUCUUCCUCUUUUGAGAUUGCUUCCUGGAUGCCGUGAAUGGCUUUGUUCUCUGUUUACAGCUACGAAAUGGAUUUUCUUCCGCUACAGUUCUCAUGAA